UCGAGGAAGCACACAUCGACAAGCCGGCCACUGGACCAAGUUUAUGCUGACGCCGCUUUCUGGUGAAAAGGAAAUAAAAAAUCUAGAAACGAAAAUGUGCACCCAGGUAAACGAAGCAUCUUCCCCCGGUACCACGAAGGGUACCAAUACCGACGACAUCGAUGUGGUCGAUCGCGUGGAGCUGGACAUGGGCCGCCUCUGCAUGAACGACCUCUAUUCGGACGUGGAGUUUUUGGUAGAGGAACAUCGGCUCCCGGCCCACCGAAACAUUCUAGCGGUCCGCAGUGAGUACUUCAGCGCCAUGCUGUACGGUGACAUGGCUGAGUCUAAGCAGCGGGAAAUUCGGCUGAAUGUGCCGGUGGAUGCAUUUAAAAAAAUUCUGGGCUAUAUUUACACAGGCACGCUGCCUCUUUCCAAACUGGACGUGGAUCAAAUUCUAGAUCUGCUAAAUUUGGUCCACUUUUUCGGAUUGCAGAACGUCGAGGCGGCCAUAGAGAAAAAUCUGCAGCAGAAUGCUUCCCUCAGCAACAUCUGCAAGAUCCUGAAUGCAGCGCACCGAUACAGUAUGAACGACCUGCGCAAAAAAUGCCUAAACUUUAUGGACUGCAAGGCGUCGGAUGUGCUUAAGCAUGCAUCCUUCGCAAUGCUGUGUAAGGAAUCACUUGAGGAAGUUUUGCGACGGGACACCUUCGUUGCCCCCGAAGUUGAAAUCUUUCAGACUGUAUGCAAAUGGAAUCAGCUCAAUCCCAGCGCGGACAUCAAGACCGUGAUCUCGCACAUACGUCUACCGCUUAUGUCUGUUUCUGAGCUUCUGCAUGUGGUGCGUCCCACUGGCAUUUUCGAGCUGGACCAAAUACUGGACGCCAUUGAUCAAGUGCAUACCAGAAAGAAUCUGCACUACCGUUGCGUCAAGUUACCUGGGGAGAAGUGGCCAUUAAAAUCGCUUACAAUAUAUUCUUAUGAACACCUGACAACGAUCCCCAAGUUUUCCCUUAUCAACUGUAUUAACGUGACUGUUUCUGGUGGAACGGAAUUGGGAGUGUAUGUCUCAAACGACUUUGAAGUCUGGGAUGAUGUGGGAGUCUGCGCUUUGGAAUCCAACGUCCCGAAGGAUAUCCACUUCACGGAGCGUUGCGUUUGCUACAUUUCUAUACAGAUAUUAAAUCAAAAAAAGAUUGAAAAUUAUAUUAUAAAGGUUAUUCCCAAGUACAAUGUGUAGCGCUGUGACUGUAACAGCAGCGACUCUUACAGUGAGGAUUCCCGUUCUGGCUUCCUUUUAAACUGUAUGCAAAUGGAGGGCCCUCAACCCGAGCGCGGACAUCAAGACCGUGAUCUCGCACAUACGUCUCCCUCUAAUGUCUGUUAAACAGCUGCUACGUGUGGUGCGUCCCACUGGCAUUUUAGAUCUGGACCAAAUAAUGGACGCCAUGGAUCAAAGAGAGACUGGAGAAAAUCUGCCACACCGGAGCGUCGUGUUGCGGGGGGAGAAUGUGUACAAAGUUAAAGGUAGUUGUCAGCGUGAUUAUACGAUUUUCGAGAUCAGCAAGGUGUCCUUAAUCAACUGUAUUAGUCUGACUGUUUCUGUUGGAGGGAAAUGGAGAGUAGAUAUAGCACACAACAUGGAGCGCUUGUAUUUUGUGGGAACCUAUGAUAUGAAACCCAACGUCAGGAGGGAUAUUAAUAUUAAGAAGGCUUUCGCUCGCUACAUUUAUGUCGAGGCAUUAAAUCAAUACAAGAAUGGGUCUGAGGUCAUUGUCAAGUAUGAGUAGCCCUAUGACUGCAAUAGUAGCGACUUCUGCAGAGAGGAUCCCAGUUAUGGCUUCCCUUUAAAUAUACUAAAUUUCUUAUUAUCCCUCAAUUCAAGUUGCUGUAGUCGUAUGAAGUACAAUGGAGUUUAAUUUACCGACAGAAAAGGAAACUCAGCAUAAAUACAAUAAGGUCAAUAGGUAUAAAAUAACUAACUAGUUUUUUUUAAGUUUUUUCUCCUACUUUUGGUACCAUAUGGGCGUGCUACGCCUUCAUGUGAACGGAAUAAUCUCCUUGACGCGUAAAAUUUCGAAGGUGCGAUCAAAAUGAAUUUUUUUUUUGCUUAAAAUGAGUACUGUAACUACAUAUGUAUGUAUAAUACUUAUCCUUUUUUACGAUAGCCCACUUCCGGCCUAUUAAUUUUCCCUUCCUUUUGCUUUGCGUGCUCUCGUCGCUAUGCUGAAACUCGAAAGGCUCGAAAUAUUGGUUUACACCUGAAAACCUGAUGGCCUCCGACCUUAAAGACAGCACUAAAAUAAAAUACAUUAUAUAAAUCCAAUUAAAAGUAUAUAUUUUAAGAGCGUACAAAAUGUACAAGUUAACCUACGGAAUCCUGUAAUCUGUAAUUAAGAAACGCAAUCAAAUGAAUUGAAUCCAUACUUGCGCAAAUGUUCCACAAAGUCUUAAAAUAAACCAUGAUCCCAUUUUAAGAGGCACCCUCUUAAGAAACCACUCAAAAAUCUACCGUUUGAUUAAAGCUUUUGAUUAAUGGAAGGGCCCCGCGCGAUCCCAAAGC